AAUCCAGUUACCAGCUUGCCCAAGAUGCCUCAAGCUCAGCCGGAAUUGAAAAAGUACAUGGAGAAGCGGGUCUUCUGCCAGUUGAACGGCAACCGCAAAGUGAUCGGUAUCCUCCGCGGCUACGAUGUGUUCAUGAACAUUGUCCUCGAUGAGGCCUUCGAGGAGAAAGAUGGUGGUGAGAAGGUCGCCAUUGGCAUGAUUGUCAUCCGCGGUAACUCGGUCGUCAUGAUUGAGGCCCUUGAACGGAUAAACGACAAAUAAGCACACCACACACAAUAAAUGACAUUUUCUUCGAGGACACAAGCGCGCGGCUUUGACCGUGGCUGGGGAUGAUCAUAAUGGUACAGGGAGUUUAUGGGUCGGUUGCUCGUCUGGGGACCAUCAAAACCUUAUUUUUCUGUUUCUGCUUCUGCGAUUGCUGUGGAAGCUUCCUGAUAACCUGAAUAAAUACCACCGUGGGUUUGACGGGAAUUACAAGAUACCAAGGACGCGUGCUUCGCUCUAGUCUAAGCAAGUCUAUGCGGCAGCUAUGUACGGUGAGAUGUGCGAUGGCAUAAAAAGAUUUGGUAUUAUGGAAGC